AUGGUCCGCGGCUCUGACAUUCUCAUCGCGCUCAUCGCCAUCAUCUUCCCACCCGCUGCGGUGGCCAUGAUGACCGGUUGCAGCUGCGAUCUCAUGAUCAACAUUGCGCUCACGCUCUUGGGAUACCUUCCCGGACACAUCCACGCCUUCUGGAUCCUGUAUAAGAAGAUGCUAGCGGAGGAGAUGUACGGCGCCACGGGGUACAUCUACGUCGGGAACGGCCAGUACACGUCAAACGAUACCCGUCCCCCUCCGCCACACCACGGGGGAAACUACGGUUCCACUGGACAGCGCUACUGA